UGCAGGGCAGCUGCCUCCUGCCCAGAGAAUCCCCAUGGAGCAGGGCGGUGGGGUGGGCAGCACACCUAGUGCUGGGGCUGGUGGUGGCACAGCCCCUGCCGAAGCAGAGGCCAGUGCAGCCCCAGCUGCCCCCGAGGCUGCCCAGCCCCAGGGGGGGACGGCGCUGGCUGCCACUGAGGUGCAGGAUGGUGGGCAGGCAGAGCCUGGGAAGGAGAAGGCUGCAGGAGAGGCUGGAGGACGGAAGGCAGAGCCAGCGGGGGAGGCAGCCCCGGCUGCUCCAGACCCCCAGGAUGGAGGGCAGGCAGCACCAGCAGAGGAGGCUUCAGCUGCACAGCACGAUGGAGGACAGGCAGCAUCCACGGAGAAGGUGCCAGCUGCCACCAAGGCCCAGGAUGGAGGGAAGGAUGAGCCCGUGAAGGAGAAAACUCCAACUGGAGAAGAACCCAAAGGAGGGCAGGCAGUGCCUGUGGAGGGGAAAACCUUGGCUGUACCAGUGGCUCAGGAUGGAGGAAAGGAUGAGCCCAUGAAGGAGCAAGGCCCUGGUGGGUCAGAGGUCGAGGGCUGUGGGAAAACGGAGUCUGCAGAGAAGGCUCCGUCUGCAGUAGAGGCUGAAGGAGGGAAAGCAAAACCCACAGAGGAGACAACCUUGACCACAGCACAGGCUCAGGAUGGAGGCAAAGAAGUGCCUGCAAAGGAGAAACCCACGGCUGCUGCAAAAGCUCAGGAUGGAGGGAAGAAAGCUGUAAAGGCAGAGAAAACCCCAGCUGAUAAAAAGCCUGAAAAGGAGAAAGCUUCAGGUGCUGCCAAGGCUCAGGAUAAAUUAAAAAAAGUGGCAAAGGAAGAAAAAGCCCCAGCUGCAAAAAAGGCUCAAAAUGGAGGCAAAGAGGAGCCUGCAAAGGAGAAAACCAUGGCACCUGCAAAGGAGAAAACCAUGGCAGCUGUAAAGGCUCAGGAUGGAGGGAAGAAAGCUGCGCGGGUGGAACCCCCGCCAGCUGCAGCGGAGGCUGGGGGUGGAGGCGAGGAGCCCGCAGAGGCAGCGGCCAUGGCUGCUGCCAGGGCUCAGGGUGAAGGGGAGAACGUGGCAAAGGCAGAGGAGAUGGAUCAGCAGCAGCCGAGGGGGCCGGAGCCCCCGCGCCCGGCUCUGCUGCAGAGCCUGAGCUGCCCGGCCGCCUGCCAAAGGGAGGAGCAGCCCUGGGAGGAUCCGGCGGUGAUGGAGACAAUACUGGAGGAGACUGUGGCAGUGGAGCGAAGAGAGGGUCCGACAGAGCCUGGCCCUGCCCCGGCAGCCCUGGGGGACCCGCAGCCCAGGGGCAGCAGCCCUGGCACCCCGCAGGGGGGGACAUUGCCUAGUGCCGCAGGAAAGCCCCCAGAUCCCACCGGGGCCGUCGAGCAGCCUGGCCCUGGUGGGCAACCGUCCUCACCGGAGGCAGAGCCACCCCCCAGCCCCUACCUCACCCCCGAUUUUGGGAAGGAAGACCCUUUCGAGAUACUGGAUGACGUCCCUCCGCCGCCGGCACCCUUCGCGCACCGCAUCGUCACCCUGCGGUCCGCCAGCGUCAGCUCCCAGUUCAAUCUCAGCUCCAAGGACAUCCUGGGGGGGGGCAAGUUUGGCGAAGUCCACACAUGCACGGAGAAGCAAACAGGGCUCAAGCUGGCAGCCAAAGUGAUCCGGAAGCAGGGUGCCAAGGACAAGGAGAUGGUGCUGCUGGAGAUUGACGUGAUGAAUCAGCUGAAUCACCGCAACCUCAUCCAGCUCUACGAUGCCAUCGAAACUCCCCGGGAGAUCAUCCUUUUCAUGGAGUUUGUGGAGGGUGGAGAGCUCUUCGAGCGGAUCAUCGAUGAUGACUACCACCUGACGGAGGUGGACUGCAUGGUGUUCGUCCGGCAGAUCUGUGAGGGCAUCCGCUUCAUGCACCACAUGGGCGUCCUCCACCUCGACCUCAAGCCUGAGAACAUCCUCUGUGUGGCCGCCACCGGGCACAUGGUGAAGAUCAUCGACUUUGGGCUGGCUCGAAGGUACAACCCCCAGGAUAAGCUGAAGGUGAACUUCGGCACUCCUGAAUUCCUGUCCCCUGAGGUGGUCAACUAUGAGCAAGUCUCCUACUCCACGGACAUGUGGAGCAUGGGUGUCAUUACCUACAUGCUGCUCAGCGGCCUCUCCCCCUUCUUGGGUGACAAUGACACCGAGACGCUCAACAAUGUCCUGGCUGCCAACUGGUACUUUGAUGAGGAGACCUUCGAGAGCGUCUCUGAUGAGGCCAAAGACUUCGUCUCAAACCUCAUCAUCAAGGAGAAGAGUGCCCGGAUGAGCGCUGGGCAGUGCCUGCAGCAUCCCUGGCUCAACAACCUGGCAGAAAAGGCCAAACGCUGCAACCGCCAGCUCAAGUCUCAGGUGCUGCUCAAGAAAUAUGUCAUGCGGCGGCGCUGGAAGAAAAACUUUAUCGGGGUGUGUGCCGCCAACCGCUUCAAGAAGAUCACCAGCUCGGGGUCGCUGACAGCACUGGGUGUCUGAGCAGGGCCUCCCGUGGGGACCCUGAGCCAAGUGUGAGUCAAGGCCAGAGAGGAACCGCUUCACAGGGUCCCACAUCAAUCCUGCUUCUGGAUGACAGCAGCACCUUGCCGGAUCCCUCGCUUCCCACCAUGGGGGCCAGGGGCUGGAGUCACGCAGCCCCCUCCCUGCCUGUGCUGCUGCCAGGUGGCUGCUCUGAAGCCCGUGUGCUGCACCCCUGCUCCAUGCCCCAUGCCACCACUGGUGCUGUUCUGCUGCAUCCCCGGGGCUGCACCCAGCCUUGGUACCCAGCGGCUGCAGGACUGCUCUGGGGCUGGGACCCCACUGGGCUCCUCAACUGCACCCACCGCUCAGCCGAGCUCGUCCCACCCGGGUGGCACUGCUGCGCUGGGGACCUGCUGCUGGGGAUGCUGGCUGUGCCCUCCUGGGCUCCCGGGGCUCCAGCCCUCCCCAUGCCCAUUGAGCCAAUGCUCCUGUCUGGAUUUUCUUGAACUGCAAGGCCACUCCUGAGUGGUAUUUUCUGACCUCAUCCCUGGCCCGGCUCUGCAUCGCCCGACCCGCAGCAUCUCUGCUCCACUCGUGCUUCCUUCCCCUGGCCUUGGAGGAGAAGGGCUGGUCCAGCGUGAGCCCCGCUGCCUGGGCUGCCCCACACGCUUGCUGCUACCUUGGACCCAAAAACCCAGACUUGCUCGCUCUGCCUGUAAAUGCCACAGCCCUGCCCUGCCUUCACUCUUGCUGGACCUUGAGCUGCCCAACCUCCCUUCCCAGCACUGCGGCUUGGCAUGAGGAUGCUGCAGGGCAGGCGUGGACCCUCACCCUGGCCUUUGGCACCAGAGCCAGCACUGAAGCAACUCCCCGGCCAGCCGGGUGUGAGGGAGCGGAGCUGGCCCUGAGCUGCUGCUCGCACAGGAAGGGAGGAAGCGGGAGCAUGCUUCCAGCAGUGUCCCCAGCUGGGAGCCAGAGAGGGAAGAAGGAGGCUUUGUGUUCCUCCUGCCCUCCCUGCCCUUCGGCUCUGCCAGCGGGGGAAAAACACAACCUCUGCUUCACCCGCCAGAUCAAGAUGAGUGAGGCGUCCUAAUGUGGAGCAGCUGGACCACGCUCCCCCCGCUCCUGCGAGCAUCGCUCCAGCCCUGACCACCAACACACAGGAACUGCCGGUGGCUGCGGCCGCCAGCUCCCCCCGCCACGCGUGGGGGCUCGCUGGGACUGGCUGGGCUGGAGGAGGCAGGUGCUGCCCCCCGCCUCGCCCCAGCCCCCUCUCCCUCUGCCUGCACCCCUGGGCCCCCCCCGGUGUUGCUGGAGGUUGGGCAUUCCCCAGGAUUUGCAGCUUCCAGCCUUGCCCCCUGCAGGAGGGGUUGGGGGGCUGGCAGGGGGGGCCCGGCCUCCCUCUACCCCCCCAGCUUUGGCUUACACUGUGAUUGAGCCCCCUCUGAGCCAGGGCUGUGUGUUUGCUCCAGGGAUGCCUGUGCCCUCUGCGCCUGCUGCAUAAACCCUGGGGAGAGAUGGGGGGAGGCGCGGGCCCCCCAGCCCCACUGGCUGCAGCAGGUGAAGGGGCUUUGGGCUUAUCCCCACCGGGCAGUGGACAUGGCUCACGGGACCCCUGCCCAACGCCAGAGUCCUGCCUGGCUCUUGCU